GGGCACCGAGUCGAACUGGCGGAACAGCGGGGGGCAUCGAGUCAACUGGCGGAACAGCGGGCAUCGAGUCAACUGGCGGGACUGCGGGCACCGAGUCAACUGGCAAGACUGCGGGCACCGAGUCGUCGUCUGGCAAGACUGCGGGCACCGAGUCGUCUGGCAAGACUGCGGGCACCGAGUCAACUGGCGGAACAGCGGGCACCGAGUCUUCUGGCAAGACAGUGGGCUCCGAGUCAACAGGCACGACAGUGGGCACCGGGUCAUCAGGUAUCGGAUUGUCUGGCUCGACAGCGGGCAUCGGGUCACCAGGCAUCAGGUUUUUUUGGCUUGCCAGCGGGCACCGCGUCAUCUGGCAAGGCAGUGGGCACCGGGUCACCAGGUAUGACAGCGGGCUCUGAGUCAAUUGGCACGACAGCGGGCACUGGAUCAGGUACCGGAUCAUCUGGAUCAACAGCGGGCAUCGAGUCAACUGGC